AGGAGUGAAGUGCGCGUGCGCGCUUAGAACACGAGCACAAUAAGGAAAAGGAGAGAGUCUAAACAUAAACAUUAACCCAGACAGCAGUUUGUCAGGCGAUCGAGGAGUGUCAUCGACACAGAGCUGAAGACGAGCUGUCAUCUGAUCGAUCACAUCAUAUUCAUCAUUUGAGUCAUGUCUGAGAAAUCCAAGAUGUUCCUGAGCGGAGUGGUCGAGGGGUUUUACGGCCGGCCGUGGACUAUGAACCAGAGGAUGGAGCUCUUCAGGAGGGAGCAGAAAUGGGGAUUGAACACUUAUCUGUACGCCCCGAAAGAUGAUUAUAAGCACAGAAUGUACUGGAGAGAUCUUUAUUCUCUGGAAGAAGCAGAUCAACUGAUGGCUCUCAUCUGCGCUGCUAAGGAGCAUGGGGUUGAGUUCAUUUAUGCCAUCUCUCCGGGUCUGGACAUCACCUUCUCGAACCCUAAAGAGGUGGCAGCGCUGAAGAGAAAACUGAGCCAGGUGAGUGAGUUCGGCUGUCGCUCGUUCGCGCUGCUGUUUGACGACAUCGAGACAGAAAUGUGUGGGGCAGAUAAAGAAGCUUUCAGCUCAUUCGCCGAUGCUCAAGUGUCCGUCACCAAUGAAGUGUUUCAGCACCUGGAGGAGCCGCAGAUCUUCCUCUUCUGUCCCACCGAUUACUGCGCUGCGUUCUGCACUCCUAGUGUCCAACUGUCCAAGUAUUUAAACACGGUCGGAGAGAAACUCCAUCCAGGAGUCAACAUCCUCUGGACAGGUCCAAAGGUCGUGUCGAAUGACAUCAGUGUGGCGUCCGUCGAGGAGGUGUCUGCUGUGCUCAAGAGACCGCCGGUGAUUUGGGACAACAUUCACGCCAAUGAUUACGACCCACAGAGACUCUUUCUGGGACCCUUCAAGAACCGGCCAGCAGAACUGAUCCCUAAACUCAGAGGAGUUCUCACAAACCCCAACUGUGAAUUUGAGCCCAAUUUUGUUGCGGUUCACACGCUGGCCACCUGGUGCAAGUCCAGCCCCGGACAGAAAGAUGUCUCCAUGGAUGGUGAAGAUCAAAGUUCCGACUACGACCCCCAUGAGGCUUUGCAGCUGGCGCUCACUGAAUGGCUGCUGGAGUUCGGCAGAGCAGAUUCCCCCGACGACUCUCGAUCCCGCGGCGCUCGCUCUAAACGAGAGGCGUCCGAUGAAGAACCCAUGCAGACGGACGGGCACGUUCCCGGACCCAAAGACAACCCGCUGUACACGGCCGAACCCCUGACGCUGGAGGAUCUCACCCUGCUCUCGGAGCUCUUCUAUCUGCCGUAUGAACACGGCCCGACCGCCGUCGCCAUGCUGAACCAACUCCACUGGCUCCGCAGCAACAGCGCCGCCGCCACGACCGGUGCCGUCACAUCCGAAUGUGAAGAGGUGAACGAGUGGCGUCAGAGAGCCGAGAAGUUUGAUGACAUGUGUGCCGCUGUCGUUCAGAUGUUCAACAGACUGUCAAACGUCCCAAACAGACGGAUCCUCUACGACCUCUACAACUACAUCUGUGACAUCAAGAGCGGAGUAUCUCUGGCCAGAGCCUUCGUCAAAACACUGGGAGGUGGAACCCCUCACCCGUGCAUGAUCAUAAAUGAUGAUCCGGAGCCGUGGGGUUUCAGAGGAGGUCUUUCUGGAGAGUUCCAGAGAAUGUUGCCGUGUCAUGGCAACAGAGAUCUGUUCCGCACUCCUCCUGCAACACGCGUGUACACCAUCCGCCCGAGUACUGCUGAAGAUCAGCCGGCGGUGAUGAAGCUCUUUAAAGAAAUGAAUGCUGAAACACAACACACCGUGGAGCUGAUUGGAGACAGGCUGGUGGAGGGUCUCGUGCCGUCCAGCUCAAACUGUAAUGUGAUUCUAGAGGAUGAGGCUGGGCUCUGUGGUUACGUGUUUGCUCUCGCCGAUGCCAAAUCUGUCAUGACUAAAGCUCAGUAUCCAGAAGCGAUGCUGCGUGAUUUCCCAUCCGUCAUGAGCGUUCAGAUCCACCCGAAGGUUCCUGACCCAACGUUAGCGAAGCGUCUGAUUGGACAAGUGUUGUCAUCGCUGAGAGAGAGCGGUUCUCAAGGGGUUUACUUGGAGUUCAGGUCCAGUGACAGAAGAAUGAUGGACUUCCUCAAGACACUCAACUUCUUCCAGGUGCUCCGAGUCGACGGGCUUCCGGCCAACCUGGUCGUUGUGGGAACUAAACUAUGACAUCGUCUGCAUUUAAAUGAUUAAACUUCCAGUCAAUUCUAAUCAUGUUAAUUUAAUGAUGUAAAAUAUUUCUAGAGUGUUUGAUCUUUGCGUUAAACUGUGACUGUCACUCGUUAGGAUUUUAAAAUCUGUAUUAAAUAAAAAUAUAUAA